CACUGUAGAUAGUAAUUUUGUAUAAAACGGUCACUUGGCCAAAUAGUAGUAGCCAAAGCGAAGUGCGACACCGUACCGUUUAUAGUCCAAUAGACAGGAGGUUAAACGCCUACUAAUUAAGACCUUCCUUAUAAUUGCUCAACAGUCUUCUUUCUAACAUCAUCUUUUAAUUUUUUCUCUUAAUAUGCAUUUUAUUUUGUGGUUUGUUUCCUGCUUGGUUUUGUUGAAAGUGGUAAAUGCAUUGACGUGUUUCUGGUGCAAAAGCAAAGUGUGUUUAGUGGGCAAAACGGCAAUCAUUACAGGAGGGGCCGCAGGUAUUGGUUUCCAGACCGCACUAGCUCUAGCUUCCAAAGGAUGUCGGGUGAUUAUAGCUGAUAUUUCCAACUUAACUAAAGCAGUGGAUGAAUUGAAAAAUGUUUCGAAAAAUCAAAAUAUCAUUGGUGUAGAAGUUGAUCUGGCAUCUUUUAGAUCCGUUAGGGAAUUUGCGAAAAAAAUUCUCGAUACAGAGCCCAGGCUCGAUAUAUUGGUUUGUAAUGCAGGUAUCGGUGAACACAAAAUGCGGAUAAUGACUGGUGAUGGGGUAGAAAAAACUAUGCAAAUUAAUUACUACAGUCAUUUCUUAAUGAUUCAUUUGCUGUUGGAUUUGUUGAAAAAAUCGGCACCAAGUAGAAUAGCCAUAACAAGCUCCGUACUAGCAUACGUUUCCGACUUGACUGUAAAGGAACUAAAUCCUAGUCCUGAUUAUUUCGAAGAGAGGAAAGGGUGGAGGACGUUUAACUGCGGAACAUACAGUGCGUCCAAAUUAUGUCUGGCAGGCUUAACUAAGACGCUCGCCUCAAAACUCCAAGGAACGGAAGUGAUCGUGAAUGUUUGUCAUCCCAAUGGCGUGAGAACUUCAAUUUAUGCUCCAGUAGUACGACAAGCGAUAGGACUUUCGUAUUUUGUAUCGAGUUUGUAUUGCCUUGUCUGUCUCUUUGGAAAAACCCCAGAAGAAGGAGCUCAAACAUUAAUUCACCUGGCACACUCCGAAGAAGUGAAACUAAUAAAUGGUCGAUCAUUUUACGAGGGAAUGGUUGUUCAUCCACCUUUCCAACUAACUGAUUAUUUCUGCGAACAGCUGUGGAAGGCUUCCAUUGAAUACACCAAGCUUACUCCUGAGGAAAUUAAGUGUUAAUUAGAUAUGAAAAUGAACUCAAUUGAAUACCUAAAGUAAAUACUUUAAAGCACCAUUUCGUUGUCGACAGUUUUACCUUGGUUGCAUUAUCUGCGUUCUUUUUAUAUAUUUAAAAGCAUUAAUCAAAGCGUUUGAAUUUAAGCAAAGAAAUGGAAAACUGAAGUCUCAAGACUAAAAAAUUGCACAAUGAUUUAUGAGUAAGUUUCUGAGUUAACAACUGCACUUUUAAUCACCAAUCUCCUAUUUUUGAACGUGACACAAGUAAUGCGAUUGUUCAUCAAAUAAGUGUUCUAAAACACAAACUUUUUUUACCGCGCUCAAACAAUUUAGAAGGAACAGCAAAACAUAGUUUGCCAUAAUAUCUUUUUCGGUUGAAGUCUAUAUCUAUUUUUGGACAAAAUUACUUAUGUACAGAUUCAUGGUAAGUUUUCAGAUGAGAAUGUUGAUAAAUAUUUGAAACGACGAUUUUGAAACCAAAAAAUCUUUUAGCGCUGUUAAAUGCUACUUUUCUAGUUCUUGUUUUUUUCUGUUUGUUUCUGUUUCAAGUUUUUGUUAAUGUUGUCCUCAAUCGACUUUGUUGUUGUUGUCGACUUGUUUGUUUUCCUAUUAUAUUUUUCUGUUGUUUGUGAAGCAGCUGAAGAAGUGAAGAAAAACUAUUUAUAAAAACUGUGUGAAUAUGUUCAUUUGAUAAUGUAUCUAUUAUUUAGCUUCUGAAUCUGAAUGUUUACAAGAUUCCUGUUGGUUCAUAUAAGAAUAAUAUAAGCUGCAUUUGUCUGCCUAAAAAAGUGUCUACAUAUUCCUACUAAAUACUCUUCGUUUGUUAAAACAGCAUUUCAGGUCGACAAAUUUCAUAUUCGCUUUCUGCAACCUAAUUAUUAUUUUUUUGAUUUAUUCACUUUCCUACCAUUAUAUUUUCAUUUGUUUGGAAUCUUUACCCUCACAUUUUUAUAAUUCAUUUUUUUGUAAAUUAAUGGUUUUUGGUAAAUUAAAGAAAUUUGUGCUAGUGCUGCUACACUUCAUUUACUAUUUCAUUCAUUUUCUGGUUGAAUUUGUAUUCGGAUGCCAACAUGCGAUUGAAAACUUUUCAAUUAAUUCAAUUCAUUUAAUUUAUUUUUGCUGUGAUUUUAUUCAGUUAGUUGGAAUAUUUGAUCUUGAUCGAUUUUUUAAGCAAUUUGAGUAAGUUUCCAGUGUUUACGUAAAAAAACUGUGAAUAAUUUUUAGCUCCCAAAACUGCAUUUUCUCCUGUGCAGUUUGAUGCAGACUUUUUAGACAAUCAAACUUAAUAAUUGAUUGUUGAUCAGUUUGUAGAUAUGGACGGACGGUUCAUUGUUUUAUUUCAGUUCUGGAUGUGAAUAAUCGGCUGAAAAAUUAUCCACAAAAUGCCUUAAAACAUGCCAUGCUAAAAAGUCAAAUAAAAAUAUUAUUAGUCGGUUUCAACAAAAGAAUCUGCUUGAAAAAUGCCGAUUGAAAUGAGGUCCCAGAAUUAACUAAUUUUUUAUAUAAGCAAAUCAUUUUUUUUGUGAAUUCUUUCCAAAGGUGUUUAACAGAUAAUGUAAUUUUAAACUUUCCAAACUUCAACCAUAUUCGUAAAUACGUGUACUUUUGAGCGAUUUGAGUUGAUUCACAUUUCCCCACAUUAUCUAGUUUUAUUGACGAAACUAGUGAUAAAACCACCGAAAAAUUGUUUGUAAUUUUGAAGGGACAUUAAGUGAUCGUGUCCAUUUCCAUAAUACCUCCGACAUAAAAAAAAAGUUGCCUAUUAUCAAACCCAUUAACCAUGCCAUUAACCCCUAUAAUCAAUGUUUAUGAAAUGGGUCUUUGAAUAUUAACGUAGUUAGCGUCUCAAAUUGCUUCUUAUCCGAUUAGAACGCAAUGAAGAGCCGCAUUAACCGACUAAUUCCCUUUUAAAGUAUAAUUAAAUUUGUAGUGUAAAAAGUUCGUUUUCAAAGCGGGAGAACGGUUAGUGGUAAUCAUCUUUAAACACCCAGUUCAAUUUAUGAGAUUGAUAAAAAUUAUUAUCACCUUGAUUUAGCUUGAACAAAAUCUAGAAAAAAUUAAAAUAAUUACUGAAAAGAUUCAAAUAAUAGCCCAUCUACAAGUCUCUUUAAUUUUUUUGUCAAUUUCUAUGAUUUCCUAGUUGCUCUGGUAAUAUUUUCUUGAACAGUUUAAGGUAACAAAUAAACACCUGCAGCAGAAAGGGAGGUAACAGUCCCUUUGGUUUAUAAAAUAAGGAAAAAAACACAUCAAGUGCAUGCAUUUUUAAUUCAGGCCAGAAGGUAAUAUCUUCCCGACGGAAAUAAGACCGGGAGAGUGAUUGUCCUCAUCGCCUUCAGACAGGAGUCCAUCUCAACUCCUGGAUUGGCAUCAAGGAAGUUGAGUCGAGGAAGUUUUCGCCGCUGGUUUUAAUUAAGUUUCACCUUGUAACUUUAGUGUAUUAACAAUUGCAAUUUCAUAAAUAUUUUGCAUAUUUCUUUUAUUCGUAUUUUUAAGUGCAGAUCUUCUCAUUAAAUGCGUCGUGUUUAGUUCAGUUUGGUUCUACUAACUAAAUUUGCACACUUUUUGUGCUUGUAAAAUAUAUAUAUUCAACAUUG